UCUCAAGUGAAAUGUUGCUUAAAAUAGUAUUGUUGGUAUUUUCCUUAAAUUUUUCUAAAAUUUUAACACAAUCAACUAAAAAUCAGCCUGUUGAUAGUUCGAUUGAUGAUACACCCAGUCCAGAAUGGAUUAAAUAUCAGCAGGAAAGAUUUCAAAAUUUAGAUACGUUGACACCAACCUAUCGGGAGAUUUUAAAAAGUAUUAACAAACCUAAAGAGCCAGUGGUAGUAGCGGUAAGCAAUGUCCAUAGUCAAAUGGAAACAACUUCAAGGCAAGAAGGUUCUCAUCAAGAUAAAGAAGAUUAUGUUCAGCUAUCCGACUUGGAGGAUAAUGAUGCUGACAAUAUGAAAGAAUUUGAAAAGGAAAAGAGGCCUUCGGAAAACAGUGUUGAAUUUCCUUCCAUAAAAGGUUUUAUAGAAUUUAUCAAGUCCCUAAAACAUUCAUGGAUGAAAAAUUCAAUUUUUCGUAUUGAUGAUAAAAUCAAAAUGCUGCAUCAAUUAAAGGAUUCUCUGUUGAAAACUAUUGAACAACAAUUUAUGAUUCUAUGGCAAGACGAUGAUGAUGAUGAUGACGACAAUGUAGAACAAUCUUAUACAAAUGAAAAUAAGGAAUCUCGUAAUAUGGCCGAAAAAAAUAGUAGCAAUCAUUUACGUAGUAAACGUGGUAUUUUAGAUGAAUCUAAUAUAAAUUUUCCACCAAAUGCAGCGUUAAUUAGUAUAAAUUUUUUAACAUUUGCAGUAUAUUUAAUAAAAUUAGUUUUGCAAGUGGUCAAUAUUAUUAAAACUAAACAUUAUCAAUUCUCAUCAAUGAAUAUGAAUAUGAUGGAUACGGGAGCCAUACGAUUUGGUUGAUCUUAUAAUAAAUUAUUAAUUUUAAAUAAAGAGA